CUUUUCUCUUUAUUCAAAAAUAAGACUGAUUUCAAAAAAUGUCUUUUAGUUUUGGAGCUAAUAACAGCAAUACAAAUAAACCUGCUACGGCUGGUUUUUCAUUUGGCACAGGCAGCAACACAGCAUCCGGUACGGGAGGCUUUGGCUUUGGAACACCUACAUCUGCUCCAGCAACAGGUGCAUUUGGCUCAACCACCACCGCACCAAGCACUGGUUUUGGCAGUACAGGAGGCUUUGGUGGACUUGGUGCCACUUCUUCUGCUCCCAGUACAAAUAGUACUUUUGGUGGAUUUGGCACUACUUCUUCUGCUCCUGCUACAACCACUAAUACUACUACUACACCAAACACCUUUGGUGGAUUCGGUUCUACUCCUGCAACCACAACUAGCUCCACGCCAGCUUUCGGAGGCUUUGGAGCCACUAGCUCGACACCUGCUAGUACUGCUGGCACUACUGCUACAGCCACUACUGGAUUUGGCGGUUUUGGUGCAGCUGCUUCUAAACCUGCCACUGGUUUCGGUGCUACGACAACUGCACCAUCCACCACUGGUUUUUCAUUUGGCACACCUGCAACAUCCGCAGCCGCUUCAACACCUUCUACGGCCACUGCUCCUUUAACUGGAUUUGGCUUCGGUGGCCCUGCUAGUUCCACAGCCACCACUACAGCUAGUAAGCCUUCAUUUAGCUUUGGAACAACUGCACCAGCAUCAACCACAGCAACAUCCACACCCGCUACAACAACCACUGCUUCCAUUUCAACAGGCGGAUUUGGAGGAUUUGGUCAAAAGACAGAUGGUGAAUGAAUUAAUCGAUUGAUGUUGACAAUUGUUUAGAAUUAACCUUUUUUUAAAUAUCUAGUCAAACCUGCUACUACAGGCACUACUCCUACUACUACUUCU